UGUUGGCAUAAUGUCUUUUAAUAUUCGCAGAAAUGUUUUUCCUAUUUUUCUGCCUUUUGGCAAUAAAAAUAGGAAUUCUGUGAUUGUUGGAAAGAAGUUCGCCCGGCAAAUGUGAUUAUACCCAGCGCUAAAUUUAAAUUGGGUUUUACUGAAAUUUCUAUUUUGAUUUAAAGAAAUUAUUCCAAAAAAUUACUCAAUUAAAAAUUAUAUAUUUUUUACUUCAAAAUAAAGAAAAAAAAAUAAAAUAAAAAUGGCAACAAAUAUUCUAAAAUUAAAAAGUGGACGUAAAAUUUAUUAUUCAACAAAAGAAUCUAUAGAAAAUAAAUUAAUUUCAAAUAAAAUUAAAUUAAAUAAUUUAACAGAUUUGGAAAAUAAAGUUUAUGAAGGAGGACUUAAAAUUUGGGAAUGUUCUUUAGAUUUAAGUUAUUUUAUUGAUUCAAUGUCUUUUGAAGGAUUUAAUGUUCUCGAGCUUGGUUGUGGUGCUGGUUUGCCUUCGAUUGUUGCUGCUUUAAAUGGGGCAGCGUCUUUGACAUUACAAGAUUUUAAUGAUUAUGUUUUGGAGGCUAACACAAAAAUUAAUUUCCAAUUAAACGGAAUUGAUUUAUCAAAAUGUAAAUUUGUAAAGUGUGAUUGGGCAAAUUGUUUAGAAUUGGAGGGAUUUAAAAAAUUUGAUAUAAUCCUUACAUCAGAAACAAUUUAUAAUGAAGAAAAUUAUUUGGAUUUACUUGAAAUAAUGAAUAAAUUAUUAAAUAAUGAAGGGGAAAUUUAUUUGGCAGCCAAAAAUUAUUAUUUUGGUUUAAGUGGAAGUAUUCCUGCUUUUCAAUCAUUAAUAGAAACACAAGGAAUUUUUAAUUGUCAACAAGUUUGGAAAACAACAAAAAGUGCUGUUGAAAGGAAAAUAUUGAAAAUUAAAAGAAUUUAA